CCAGCGCCCUCCGUCCCGGGGCGGGACCAAGGGGCGGGGCAGCCCGUGACCGGCCAGUGACGCGGCCCCGCCCGUUCAUAUAGCGGCGCCCGGGGGCGCAGGGACAGUGCUUCGCCGCCGCAGCCGCCGCCGCCGCCGCCGCCACCACCGGCUCCGCCGCCGCAACCUCCAGCCUCAGAGCCACCGCCGCGUCCGCCACCAGCGCCACCAGCAUGCGGGAGAUCGUGCACCUGCAGGCCGGCCAGUGCGGCAACCAGAUUGGAGCCAAGUUUUGGGAGGUGAUCAGUGAUGAACAUGGCAUUGAUCCCACGGGCACAUACCAUGGGGACAGUGACCUGCAGCUGGAGAGGAUCAACGUGUACUACAAUGAGGCCACAGGAGGGAAUUAUGUCCCCAGAGCUGUGCUGGUGGACCUGGAACCCGGCACUAUGGAUUCUGUCCGCUCCGGCCCCUUCGGCCAGAUCUUUCGGCCGGACAACUUUGUGUUUGGCCAGUCCGGAGCCGGCAACAACUGGGCCAAGGGCCACUACACAGAGGGCGCGGAGCUGGUGGACGCCGUCCUAGACGUGGUCCGGAAGGAGGCAGAGAGCUGUGACUGCCUGCAGGGCUUCCAGCUGACCCAUUCGCUGGGCGGGGGCACGGGCUCCGGCAUGGGCACGCUGCUUAUCAGCAAGAUCCGCGAGGAGUUCCCGGACCGUAUCAUGAACACCUUCAGCGUGGUGCCUUCCCCCAAGGUGUCGGACACCGUGGUGGAGCCCUACAACGCCACGCUCUCGGUGCACCAGCUGGUGGAGAACACGGACGAGACCUACUGCAUCGACAACGAGGCCCUCUACGACAUCUGCUUCCGCACCCUCAAGCUGACCACGCCCACCUACGGGGACCUCAACCACCUGGUGUCUGCCACCAUGAGCGGCGUCACCACCUGCCUGCGCUUCCCCGGGCAGCUCAACGCCGACCUGCGCAAGCUGGCGGUCAACAUGGUGCCCUUCCCGCGUCUCCACUUCUUCAUGCCCGGCUUCGCCCCGCUCACCAGCCGCGGCAGCCAGCAGUACCGGGCCCUGACGGUGCCCGAGCUCACCCAGCAGAUGUUCGAUGCCAAGAACAUGAUGGCAGCCUGCGACCCACGCCACGGCCGCUACCUGACGGUGGCUGCGGUCUUCCGCGGCCGCAUGUCCAUGAAGGAGGUGGACGAGCAGAUGCUGAGCGUGCAGAGCAAGAAUAGCAGCUACUUCGUGGAGUGGAUCCCCAACAACGUGAAGACGGCCGUGUGCGACAUCCCGCCCCGCGGCCUCAAGAUGGCGGCCACCUUCAUCGGCAACAGCACGGCCAUCCAGGAGCUGUUCAAGCGCAUCUCGGAGCAGUUCACCGCCAUGUUCCGGCGCAAGGCCUUCCUGCACUGGUACACGGGCGAGGGCAUGGACGAGAUGGAGUUCACCGAGGCCGAGAGCAACAUGAACGACCUGGUGUCCGAAUACCAGCAGUACCAGGACGCCACGGCCGAGGAGGGCGAGUUCGAGGAGGAGGCGGAGGAGGAGGUGGCCUAGAGCCACUUUCUCCCUGCUCUUCUGCCCUUUGACCUCUAG